AUGGCGGCGGCGGCCGCGCUGUGCCUGGGCCGGGCCCCGCGGCCGCCGCGGCCGCUCGUGGUGAUCCUGGGCGCCACCGGCACCGGGAAAUCGGCGCUGGCGCUGCAGCUCGGGCUGCGCCUCGGCGGGGAGAUCGUCAGCGCCGACUCCAUGCAGGUGUACAAGGGCUUGGACAUCAUCACCAACAAGGUUUCCCCUCAGGAGCAGCGUCUCUGCAGACACCACAUGAUCAGCUUUGUGGAUCCCCUUGUCUCCAACUACACUGUGGUGGAUUUCAGGGACAAAGCCGUGCCUCUCAUAUCCUAUAUCUUUGCCCGGGACAAGAUCCCCAUAGUUGUGGGAGGAACCAACUACUACAUCGAGUCCCUGCUCUGGAAGGUCCUUAUCAACACCAAGGAGAAGCCCAGCAGUGCCCCCAGGCUGGACAGUGACAGGAAAGUGGAGCUGGAGCAGCUGGACAGUGCUGAGCUCCAUCGGCGCCUGAGCCAGGUGGACCCGGAGAUGGCGGCCAAGCUGCACCCCCACGACAAGCGCAAGGUGGCCAGGAGCCUGCAAGUGUUUGAAGAGACAGGGAUCCCCCACAGCGAAAUCCUGCACCAGCAGCAGGAGGAGGAAGGUGGGGGGCCCUUAGGUGGGCCCCUGAAAUACCCACAUUCCUGCAUCCUGUGGCUCCACGCAGACCAGGCAGCUCUGGAUGCACGGCUGGAGAAGAGGGUGGAUGACAUGCUGGCUGCAGGGCUGCUGGAGGAGCUGCGCGACUUCCACCGCCGCUACAACCAGCAGAAGGUGGCAGAGAACCGGCAGGAUUACCAGCACGGCAUCUUCCAGUCCAUUGGCUUCAAGGAAUUCCACGAGUUCCUCGUCAGUGAAGGGAGUUGCUCACCCGAGACCAGUGCCCUGCUGCUGGAGAAAGGGAUCCAGGCCCUGAAGCAGGUGACCAAGAGAUACGCCCGCAGGCAGAACAAAUGGGUCCGGAACCGCUUCCUGAAACGUCCUGGGCCCAACGUGCCCCCAGUCUAUGGCUUGGAGGUGUCUGAUGUGCAGCGCUGGGAGGAGGAUGUGCUGAAACCUGCCCUGGAGAUCGUGGAGAGCUUCAUCCAGGGCCGCGAGCCCCCGGCAGAGCCCCUGAGGAUGGAGCAGGACGAGGAGAACAAGCGGAGCCAUCGCGUGUGCGAGCUCUGCGCCAGGCUCAUCAUCGGCGACAGGGAGUGGGCAGCUCACACACGUUCCAAAUCCCACCUGCACCACCUGAAGAAGAGAAGGAAGCUGGAGGCAUCCGGAGGGACCGUGGGGGACAGUGGGGACACAGAGACCUCGGACGAGGAUGGCAGCCUGCCCGUGCCUUAGGGCUGGAAAAGGGAGCAGCUGUGCAUCCACCUGCAUGGAGAGGAAGCUCCUUAGUGCUGGGCAGCCUUGAACCAAGGAGCUGAGUCAUUUUUUUUGGGGGGGUGAGGCAGGUGUGUGACAAAGGCAAAGGCUGCAUGGGAUCCUCUUCAUGUGGGCUCAUCCCGCUGUGUUCCCAUGCUCCCCCAGCCCUGCCUGGAACGGGCUGGGCCCCGGGGCAAGGCUGCUGGGAGCCUCCUCCCAUGCAAAGUGUGAAUUCCUGCCAGGGCUGCAUCCUUGGAAUGGCUGAGCUGCUGCUCUGUGGUUGUGUGGAUCUCAGAGACAGAAAUACCCCCACUCCUCCAGCUUGGCCGGGGGUGCAGCUCUGGAGCCGAGCCAGCUCUGCUUGCCUUUAUUGUGGAGAGGAUAUUUUUUUUUUUUUUUUGUUCUUUUACAUGCAAAUAAAGCUGCAGGAUUAUUGUGGGUUCCCCUCCCUGUUAACAAGCGCGGUUUCCUUGCUCUCUGAUUCUACCUGGCUCCUGUUCCCUGCUCUGGGCGCAGGGCAGGAGAUCUGGUUCCUUCUCCCAGUCACCUUUUCCACAGCUCCUGGGGGAGCUGAGCAGAUGUUCCCAGCCUGGUGGGGGCAGGGAGCCCUGCGCACACAGCAGGUGCAGGAGGAGCUGGCACCUGUUAAACAGGAACUUGGAAAUGAUCUCAUCGAGUUUGCAACAGAUGAGCCUGUCCUAGUUAAGGCAGAAUUCCCGGGGGGUUACUCUGUGGUUUGGCACUGGGAACCAGCCGUGAAUUUGAAUCCGAAGCUACUGAGCAGCAAAUUCCUGGUGCUGUGUCCGCCAGGCAGUUGGUGUCCCAUUGUUGUCCCUGGAGGAUGUGAGUGCCAUUUGUGCCUGGAAUGCUGCUCUGGUGAAACCAGGACAGCCUUUGGGAUUCUCCUGGCAAAUUCAAAGCCAGGAGGGUUUGAGGGUUGGUAGAGCACAAGUUUUUCCUUGUGCUGUGCCAUGUGGCAAGAGCCAGGGCUCGUCCUACCAGGGAAGGGCUGCGUGGGUGGAUUUGCUGGUGCGGGCUCUGGAGAUUCCUGCUUUGGUGGGGAUUAGAUUAAAACCUCCAGUUUGUGUUCCUCAGCAUGGAAUUAUUCCUGUAGUGCCCCGUAGGGUGCCUGCCUCGGGCUGUGGGAGGGAAAAGCUGGGAAUUUGGCACUGGGCAGAGCUGGGUGCUGCUUUGGAAUGCUGGGCACUGCGGUGCUGCUGGGUCUGUGCAGUGCCAGCUGAGCCUCUUCUCCAGCCCAGACUUGUUUGCCAUCCGUGCUGACUCAACCCAUGGAUGUGGGCUCAGCCCAGUGCUGGAACACAAGGCCACGAGGAGGUCGUGGCAUGGAAUUGUGUCCUCCCAUGGGAUUGUAUUCUCCCAUGGGAUUGUGUUCUAUGGAAUUGUGUCCUCCCAUGGAAUUGUGUCCUCCCAUGGAAUUGUGUUCUCCCAUGGAAUUGUGUUCUAUGGAAUUGUGUUCUCCCAUGGAAUUGUGUUCUCCCAUGGGAUUGUGUUCUCCCAUGGAAUUGUGUUCUAUGGAAUUGUGUCCUCCCAUGGGAUUGUCUUC